UGACGCGCAUUGCUGGGGCCACUAUCCCCACGUGGUGCGGUGACUGGGAUAGUUGCCUUUGCAUCUUCCGGACUUCCCAGGUCUGUGGGCCCGCAGCCUGCAGAGAUGCCGAAGAUCAAGUCGGGGGCGAGCGGCCUCCGCCGUGAACGCUUGAAACAGCGCGGAGAGUUGAAGAGCGCCGGAGGACUCACGUUCAACACGGGUAUUGGGCAACACAUUUUGAAAAAUCCUCUCAUUGUUAACAGCAUUAUCGAUAAGGCUGCUUUAAGACCAUCUGAUGUGGUGCUGGAAGUUGGACCAGGAACUGGCAAUAUGACUGUAAAGUUGCUAGAAAAGGCAAAAAAGGUAAUUGCCUGUGAACUUGAUCCAAGGCUAGUAGCUGAACUUCACAAAAGAGUUCAGGGCACGCCUCUGGCCAGUAAACUUCAAGUAAUGGUGGGGGACGUGUUGAAAACAGAUUUGCCAUUCUUUGAUGCUUGUGUGGCAAAUUUGCCUUAUCAGAUUUCUUCUCCUUUUGUCUUCAAGUUGCUGCUGCACCGACCUUUUUUCAGAUGUGCUAUACUUAUGUUCCAAAGAGAAUUUGCUCUCCGACUGGUUGCAAAACCUGGAGAUAAGUUAUACUGCAGACUUUCAAUUAACACACAGCUGUUAGCACGUGUGGACCAUCUAAUGAAAGUUGGGAAGAAUAACUUCAGACCACCACCUAAGGUAGAAUCCAGUGUUGUGAGAAUAGAACCUAAGAAUCCACCACCACCUAUCAAUUUUCGGGAAUGGGAUGGCCUAGUAAGGAUCACCUUUGUUAGGAAGAACAAGACACUGUCUGCAGCAUUUAAGUCAAGUGCAGUGCAACAGCUAUUGGAAAAGAAUUACAGAAUUCACUGUUCAGUCCAUAAUACUAUAAUACCAGAAGAUUUCAGCAUAGCAGAUAAAAUACAGCAAAUCCUAACCAGCACAGGUUUUAGUGACAAGCGAGCCCGUUCCAUGGACAUAGAUGACUUCAUCAGACUGCUACAUGGAUUCAAUGCAGAAGGUAUCCACUUUUCUUAGGUAUCUGGGAAACAAUUUUUCAAACUCAAGAAACGAAACUGGAAUUAUAUAUCUUUAAUAAUUUGGGAAGGUGUACGAUAAUUUUGCUCCUCUAGGACCCUGUGCUUGGACUGUUUUUGCUUUCAGAUUACUAUUGUCACCACUUAUUUAUUACUCUGAAUUUAUAAGUCAAUUCCAAGUACCAAGUUAAAAAUUUUUUUUAAUUUUGGUUUCUCUAAUGUUUAACACAGGUUAGGGUCCAAUCUAUAUACUGAUAAUCUUCAAGUCAAGAGCCGCAGACACGCACAACUACUUGACACUUAUCUUUUUUAAGUUUAUUGUAUAAAGAUGUUACUCUUCUACUUUCUUUGUUAUAUAUAUUACUGUGAUCUCUUAGGCCUUCAGCUCUUUAGACCUUUAUCCCUUAAGAAGUAAAAAAAUUAAAAUAUGCUAAAGUCACAUAUUCCCCAUACCAUUUCUUAUUCGUGUGUAUAGUAAAAUGUUUCUUAAAAUGUUUUUAUUUUUGCUUCUCUCAUUAUUUCUCUAGUCUAUACAACUUCUAUCACUGCCUAUCCCUUUAGUUAUCCUGUAGCAUCAUAGACUACAUUAGAGUUCUGCGUAAGCCUGAGUUUUCUACUGCCAGCAUGUGAUUACCAGGCAAAUUACUUCUGGGCAUGAGUCCUUACCUGUAAGAUGAGGAUGCUUAACUAAAAUGAAAUACUUUUAAGACUGCGUAUUUUUCCUGGGAGAAAUAAUCCUAGGUCUAACAAAAUUGCAAAGGGUUCUGUAAAUCAAAAUUAACUUUAAAGUUAAAAUCAAAUCUCUGCCCUUCAACUCCAAAGCCAAAAAAUCCCAACUAGCCAUUUUUUUCACAAAAUAAGCUUUCAGUAUUCAUGAUUAUUCUGGAUAAUAA